AGUGACUAGCUUCACUCAGCCUUGCUAGAGAAGAGAGUAAAUGUUCAUCGUAAACUGGUUUUGGGAUACUCUGAACUGGCUGGGACUUUCUCACAAAAACGCCAAGAUACUAUUCCUCGGCCUCGACAAUGCUGGAAAGACGACUCUCUUGCACAUGUUGAAAGAUGACAAGGUGGCCACUCACGUACCUACUUUGCAUCCUUGUUCCGAAGAGCUUCUCAUCGGCAAAAUAAGAUUCCGUACAUUCGACUUGGGAGGUCACGAGACGGCUAGAAGGAUCUGGAAGGACUACUACGCCACCGUUGAUGGAAUUAUUUUUCUUGUCGAUGCCGCUGAUCGCACGAGAUUCCCCGAAGCUGCUGAAGAGUUAAGACACCUUAUGGAAAGUCCCGAGCUCCAGAACGUUCCCAUUGUGGUCUUGGGCAACAAAAUCGAUGUGAGAACUGCCGCUAGUGAGGAAGAGCUGCGACAGUCUUUGGGCCUCUACGGGCACACUACCUUCGGUAAAGACAUCAACAAGCAAAUGGUGAAGAACGCCCGAGAGUCCGGUAUCAGACCAGUGGAGGUGUUUAUGUGCUCAGUGGUGAAGAGAAUGGGCUAUGCUGAAGGCUUCAGGUGGCUCUCUGAAUUCUUAGAUUAGAAGGUGCUUCCUUGUCACUUUAUCUGUACUCUUUUCAAC